GUUAAUUUGGAAACGUUUAUAUUAUUACGUUUACAUUUAUCUGGGACAUAAGAUCUUACGUCCCAGCAUUUAUUUAAUGUGAAUUUGAAUGUAAGUUAUAAAAAACAAGCAAACAUAAAAUAAAACUAUUUCAAUAUUAAAAACGAUAAAUAGUUACGCGUUAUUUACAUAAUAUUUAUGUACAAUUAGAGCGAUUGGAAUGUUUAUUACAAUCAAAGUGACAAAAAGAAAGAAGAGAAUUUCUACUGAAAAUGCACCAAACAGACAAUCAGUAAUGAAUGCUCAUAAGUCAUACAUACACUGAGUUUCCUUUUGUAUGUACCAUGAAAGCUUUAUACGAACUAUAUAGUUUAUUCAUGUAAAUGGUAUGAGGUCGGACUAUUUAGGGCCGAUCAUACUUUUGACAUAUUUGAUCACCGUUUUUGGUGUAACUGUACCAUGUGGUGAAACAUAUCUUGCUAAAAAUGGUCACCGGUGUUACCCAUGCAGUGCGGGAUAUUAUAUAGUUUCGGAUUGUGUGAUAGACGGGGAACAGUCAAGAUGUAGACCUUGUGGGUACGGGGAAUAUCUCCCCACUUGUGAUAAUUCGACACAGUGUAAUCUGUGUGAUCUGUUUUGUCAUGGAGGACACGUUGAAAUUAAACCAUGCACAAAAACCAGCAACCUAAAAUGCCAGUGCCUAGAUGGUUAUUAUUGGAAACCGGCCCAUCAUCGAAUUUGUACAAAGCAUAGGAAAUGCAACCCUGGAGAAGGAUUAAAGACAAAAGGAACACCAUAUGAAGAUACAAUAUGCGAGCCAUGCAAAAACGGCACAUCAUAUUCCAAUUUGACUUCAUAUAACGAAUGCACGCCAUGCUCUGUCUGCAAUAUAACGCAAAUAAGCUGUAACAAUAUCCAUGAUACCGUUUGUGGCAGCAAACCGGAAGGCACGACGAACACUCCCGAAGCUGAUAGUGAUAAUUAUUCCUGGGUGAUACCAGUUGUAGUUGUUGGUGGUUUCUUCUUUGUCGUCGUCGGCGUCGUUUUCCUCUGUAUCAGACACAGACGAAAUCAAAACCAUAAUACUGGCAAUGGCAGAGCUCAGAUGUCAAGCACCUUUAGUAAUGGACGUGUAAACAUUCCUUCAGAUAGCAAAUCCGCCAUAAACUCGGACAGACGUAGUCCAGAUUUGACAAGUCUACAACAAAACGGUUUCAACCAUACAAUAGAUGUCAGAAAUGACACGAAUAAUAAGCCAAUGUCCAGUAAUGAAGUGCAAGAUGAAGGCGUUUCUAAACAAAUAUCGUUAAACAAUGGCAGUAACAUAUCUAAAACUGAGGGUCAUGAUGUAAAUGAAAUCGGCGCCAUAAACAACGACGAUAGCAAAGCUAAUGGAACUCUAUCCCACACGAGCAUAGAAUUAGAUGCUGCAGGUGUUCCCUCGAGACAUGUUCAACCAGAGACGUCAUCAUUGCAAAGUGCUAGAGAUAAUAUAAGUAAUACAAAUGCAACUGAUCAUAUCAAUACGGUUGAAACUGGGUGUACCCCUUCAUUGGGAGCUGUAACUUCAGUUCAGUCAGACGGUACUGGACAAUCUGAUAAUGGGAACGGGACAGUUUCGUCUGAUAAACAUUGUUAUGAAGUGUUUACCUUCAUAUCUAAACAAUUCUCAUGGAACACGUUUUUGAAGUUCUACAGGCGGCUUAUAGCGGACACAGAUAGCAAACCGUUAUCAAAUGUUCAAGCUGAUAUUGAGAACACUCGCCAAGAAUGGCACCAUGAUAUCAAAGAGGAAAUGUACAGACUAAUGAAUAACUGGAAACAGAGGAACCCUAAUGCCACAAUGCAAAGUAUUGUUGAGGCAUUAGACAAAUGUGAGGAGAAGCUCAUGAGCGAAAAACUAAUGUCAUUUAUAAACAAUCUGACAAAAACUGAUAAGGUUAAUGGUGCUUUAAAGAGCGAUAUUGUGCCAUACAUGGGUGAAAGAUAUGCUCGUGGUGAGCUUUCUACAUCUGUACAGACUGUAGACAAUGAAGGAAUUGUGUAAGGAUGUGUUCAGGAAACAAAUCAGUCCUGAAACGAAGAGUAAAAGCCACAUAAAAACUUAUAGACUUUGCAGUUCUACAUUUUCAGUAUAAUGUAUUCUGUGUACACUGUAUAUAAUUUUCAAACUUUCUGCUUAGCUCAAACUGAAACAAAAUGUAGAUCUUUCAAUUACUCCACAUAAUUAUACAAAUCAUAUGCAUAAUAUAUUUGGUUUUGAAUCUCCAUAUAUAGAUACUGUGUGAUUAGAUAUGAUAGAUUUUGUAUCUUUUCUUUUGUGACAGUUUCCAUGCUUAAAGAAGUAUUAUGAGCCGCGCCAUAACGAAACCAACAUAAUGCGUCUGCGACCAGCAUGGAUCCA